GGUACUGACGUUCUGUUAUUAGGCAGUGGGACGUUUACGACUUUAACUGAGUUUGCUACUUGCCCAAGAGAUUAGCCGGGCGAAAUCUCGCGAUACGUAACCAUAGUGACGGAACGCGCUGACAGUGGUGUUGGUGAGGCAGAGGGAAAGGAGGCCCGGAGCUGUGUGAUCGGGCGGCAGGUGCAGGUGAAGUAAAUUAUCCACUCCUUGAAGAAUCCAGGAUUCAUCACUUGGUUUUACCUCAGCAAAAUGAGACUCAAGACUUCUUUGUUAAAGGAACCAAAACAUAAGGAACUGGUUAGCUGCCUGGGCUGGACCUCUGCUGAUGAACUGUAUUCCUGCAGUGAUGACCAUCAAAUAAUGAAGUGGAAUUUGUUGAACGGAGAGACGACACUGGUAGUAAAACUCCCAGAUGAUACUUAUCCUAUUGACCUACACUGGUUUCCCAAGAAUUUUGGUAACAAGAAACAAGGACAAUCGGAUGUGUUUGUGCUAACAAGUUCUGAUGGAAAAUUCCAUUUAAUUACUAAGAUUGGCAGAGUGGAGAAAAGUGUAGAGGCUCACUCUGGAGCAGUACUUGCUGCCCGCUGGAAUUUUGAUGGGACAGCACUGGUUACAGUUGGUGAAGAUGGACAUGUAAAGAUUUGGUCACGAAGUGGAAUGCUGAGAUCUACAUUGGCGCAGAAUGGUUUACCAAUAUACUCCAUUGCCUGGGGCCCAGAUUCUGAGAAAGUUCUCUACCCACUUGGAAAACAGCUUAUCAUUAAGCCACUGCAGCCAAGUUCCAAGGUUUUACAGUGGAAAGCCCAUGAUGGAGUAAUUUUAAAGGUUGACUGGAAUCCUAUCAAUGACCUCAUUUUAUCAGCUGGGGAAGAUUGUAAAUAUAAGGUUUGGGAUAGUUAUGGACGACUCUUGUACAGCUCACCAUCCCAUGAGUACCCAAUUACAUCAGUUUCCUGGGCACCUGAUGGAGAUCUGUUUGCUGUGGGCUCCUUCCAUACACUUCGACUGUGUGACAAAACCGGAUGGUCCUAUGCUUUGGAAAAACCAAAUACAGGCAGCAUCUUCAGUAUUGCUUGGUCUGUCGAUGGAACCCAGGUUGCCGGAGCUUGCGGAAAUGGCCACGUUAUUUUUGCUCAUGUCAUUGAACAGCAUUGGGAAUGGAGGAAUUUUGAAGUAACUUUAAUCAAGAGACGUGCAAUGCAGGUUCGUAAUGUAAUUAAUGAUGCUGUAGAUUUGUUGGAGUUCCGUGACAGAGUUAUUAAGGCAACGCUGAAAUAUGGACAUCUAGUGGUUUCCACGUCUCUCCAGUGUUAUGUUUUUAGCACAAAGAACUGGAAUACACCACUGAUAUUUGACCUCAAAGAAGGAAGUGUCAGCUUGAUCUUGCAGUGCGAAAGGCAUUUCCUUCUAGUGGAUGGGGGUAGUCUGUAUUUAUACUCCUAUGAAGGCCGCCUCAUCUCCACCCCAAAGAUUCCUGCAAUUAGGACAGAUAUUCUCAAUGAACAGACUGUGUCUUUGAGCAAUGAUACAAUUGCCAUAAAGGAUAAAACAGAUGAAAAGUUAAUCUACUUGUUUGAUGCAUUAUCGGGGAAGCCACUAGGGGAUGGCAAGCCGCUUGCUCAUAAGAUUGAAAUAGUGGAAAUUGCUCUUGACCAAGGAGGACAUGCAAAUGAACGAAAAAUUGCAUUUAUUGAUAAAAACCGUGAUCUCUACAUAAGUCCAGUUAGGAAGUUUGGAAAAGAACAGAUAUCUAUCAAGAUUGGUAGCAUGGUACAUACUUUAGCCUGGAAUGAUGUAUCUAACAUACUGUGUGGAAUUCAGGAUAAUCGUUUCACAGUCUGGUAUUAUCCGAACGUAGCAUUUGUAGAUAAAGAACUGUUGCCAAAAACAAUCAGUGAAAAAGAUGGAAGUGAAUAUAGUAAAAGUCCCCAGAUAAUCAGUUUUGUUGGAAACAAAGUGACAAUCCGGAAAAGUGAUGGCUGUCUUGUCCACACUAACAUUUCUUCAUAUCCAGCGAUUCUUCAUGACUACUCCUCUACUGCUAAGUGGAAUGAUGCAUUAAGGCUCUGCCGCUUUGUAAAGGAACAAACCAUGUGGGCUUGUCUAGCAGCUUUGGCCAUUGCAAACAAGGAUAUGUCAACAGCUGAGGUUGCAUACGCAGCAAUUGGUGAAAUUGACAAAGUUCAGUACAUAAAUUCAAUUAACGAUCUACCAUCAAAAGAGUCCAGAUUGGCUCACAUCCAGCUCUUCAGUGGGAAUUUUCAAGAUGCUGAGGCCAUUAUCCUACAGGCUGGCCUGAUUUACCAAGCCAUUCAGCUCAACAUUGACUCCUACAACUGGGAGAGGGCUCUGGAGCUAGCAGUGAAACACAAAACACAUGUCGAUACCGUGUUGGCUUAUCGGCAGAAAUACCUGGAGGAUUUUGGUAGAAAAGAAACCAACAAGAGAUUUCUGCAAUACGCAGAAGGCGUUGAAGUAAACUGGGAAAAAAUCAAAGCCAAAAUUGAGAUGGAGCUUGCGAAAGAGAGAGAACGAGGUUCUGCUGGGCCAACCAGGAGCAGUGUGUCCAUGUAAACUUACAAAAACCUCAUUUACAGUCUGCCAAGUGAACAAAUGUAUACCAGUUUAAAAAAAAGAAAAUAAUCUAAUGGAGUGGUUUUUCAGUGACAUUAGAAAUUGACAGCAGGCAUAUGUUCCCUGGUGACCACAGAACAUGCAUCCACUUAGUAGGUUUAAAGGUAACAUUCCCAAAGAUUGUUGGUCUUACCACGGUUCUUCCCUUUUAAUGAUCCGGCUAUUUGACAUACUAAGCAGUCUAGGUCCCAGUAGCUUCAUUUGCCUGCACCCAGGCAGGAAAUAUUUGGAAAGUAAAUAAAGACAGCCAUGGGAGCACAAAACCCAAUGUUGACCAGUGAAAAGGUUGAUUACACCUACUUAGCUGAAACUCUGGUGGAGGUUUUUUUUAUAAUCCAUGUAAUGCUACAAUAAAAUAGCUUUACUCUCUUAGCUUCAAAUAAUUCUCCACACAUGGUCAAACAUGUUAGGGCCCAAUGCUUAGCAGUAAAGUGUAAUUAUCACAACACAAGGCCAUGCGUUCAACACGCUACUGUAUUGCAGUGCCAUUCAUUUUCAAGGCAAAGCUUUAAGGUAAUGCACAAGCUUUGUAGCACACUGUAAAGCAGUACAGUUCAUUGCAUUGGAAGAAAAGGUGCAUGUUUUUUGUUCAUUUUAGUGGUUGGUAGCCCGUUCAAUUGAAUAGGCUGCCAUAAUGCAACAUGCACUAACAAAAUACACCAAAACAGCAUGAUGUGAAAAGGGCUUUAAGGAUUCUUAGUUCAACACCUUGGCCCCUUGUAAAGGAACUCCUGAAUGUGUCAUGUAUUUUAUGCAUUUCAUCUAGAUCUACAGCCACAUCAUGGGAACAUAGAAUUCAUCUGGUCUCAU